CUUCAAGUCUCUCCACCAAACAGCAUUAACACACCUCCAACAUGUCCCUCCUCACACACCUGUUGGCGUGUUUGUUCGGGAUGGGCUCCUGGGUCUCCAUCAACGGCCUGUGGGUGGAGCUGCCCCUGAUCGUGCCCCAGAUCCCGGAGGGUUGGUACCUGCCCUCGUACCUCUCCGUCCUCAUCCAGAUGGCCAACAUCGGGCCUCUCUUCGUCACCCUGAUGCACCGCUUCCGGCCCGGCGCCCUGAACGAAGCAGCCGUCAUAUAUCUGAUCAUCGGGGUGGGCACCGUGGCGACCUUCCUGAUGGGAUUCUUCUGGAAGGAGACCGUCGUUGUGGGAGGGGUUUCUCGCAGUGUAGCCCUCCUGGUCCUGACUUUCUUCCUGGCGACUGUAGACUGCACUUCCUCCGUCACCUUCCUGCCCUUCAUGAUGCGCCUGAAGACUCAGUACCUGACCACGUACUACAUCGGGGAGGGGGUGAGCGGCCUGCUGCCUGCUCUGGUGGCUCUGAUCCAGGGGGUGGGAGUGGUCCACUGCAUAAACAGCACUCAGUCUCUGAACCACACCGUGAACUCCUCCAGCUCUGUGACCCUUGACCUCCGGGCCGAGUACCAGCCAGCUAACUUCUCAGCGGAGGUGUUUUUCUUCUUCCUCAGUGCCAUGAUGCUGGUGUGCCUGCUGGCGUUCCUGAUGCUAAACUACCACCCAUCUGUGGCCAGGGAGCACCCCAAUGGUCGAGUGAAGGAGAAAUCUCAGAGGAACAGGAAGUGGGUGGAGGAGAAGCCCAUGAUGGAUCCAUUGAGACCUGAAAACACGAAGCGCAGGAGCGGCUUCGGGGCAGGGUCCUACAGCUGGGCGCAGGUGGUUUAUAUCUUUGUGGUCCUGGCCUGGGUCAACGCUCUGACCAACGUGGUGCUCCCCUCGGUGCAGUCCUACUCCUGCCUGCCAUACGGGAACAACGCCUAUCACCUGUCUGCCACCAUGGCUGCUGUGGCAAACCCUCUGGCUUGCUUGAUCGCAAUGUUCUUCCCUAUAAGAUCCCUGCUGUUGAUGGGAGCGCUCACAGUGACAGGAAGUGGAGUUGGAGUGUAUAUAAUAGCCAUGGCAGUGCUGAGCCCAUGCCCACUGCUGGUUAAUGAAACCUCAGGGGGGGUCAUCAUGGUGUUGGCCUGGAUCCUGUUUAUCCUCACUCUGUCCUAUGUGAAGGUGAUCAUCGGUGUGAUCCUGCGUGACGAGGGCCACAGCGCCCUGGUGUGGUGUGGAGCGGGGGUGCAGCUGGGCUCUCUGCUGGGGGCUGUCACCAUGAUUCCAGUGGUCAACGUGUACAACUUCUUCUCAUCAGGGGAGCCAUGCAACACAAAAUGCCCCUGAAUGAAGAAGUGAUGAGAAGCGACUGGAGGCGGAUUCGGUAAAGACACAUCCUUAUUGGAUCCAAGAUACUCAAUGGAGGCAAUCUCUAAACGCUUUUUUUUCCUUUUUAUUAACAUGAUUGACCUACUUUGAAACAUCUGAAUUUCCCAUUUAAGUACUGUGGCUGACGCAUGCAAAGCAACCAUAAAUUAGUUAUGCCUUGAUUAUGCUGCCGUAGACAAGAGGAAACAUUUGCAGAUGUACUAAAGAUACUCACUUUCAAGUCGUAGUCUUGCUUUCAAACCCUAAUAAUAUGCCUUCAACUUCAUGUAAAUAAAGUGUAAAAAUGUACUAAAUACAACUUAAAUAACUAAACGUAUAACUUACCCAAUCUGAAAAAACAUUGGACAGGAAGUGGAAGACAAUGUUUUGUAUUUUGUAAAGUAACUAAAGCUAUUAGACAAAUGUAAUGGAGAAACAAGUACUUUCUGCCUCUGAAAUCUAGUGGAGUAAAAUACAUAGAAAACAAUAAAAUAGGAAUACUUGUAGUAGUUCUAGAAUUGAUCACAUUGAAUUAAGAAAUAAGCAUGGGGAAAUUCUCAAUUUUAGUUUUUAAGAAAACUUUUAAUAAAAACAUAGAAGCAUAAUUGCUAUUCCAAGCUUUACAUUAUACUCAUUUGUAUGUACUGGUCUUAUUUUUCGAGCAUAUGGACUGACAGUUUAUUUAGUCUAAAGUGUCAUUUCCGUUUUCUGGUCAACCGGGCAGUGCGAUCAAAAUUAACAAUAUCUGUUACAAAACAUCUGGUACAAUAACAACAACAAAAAAGACAUAUAUUGAAACAAAGGAUAAUAAUCAAGCAGGCACAUUAUUGUUUUUUUCUACAUGUGCUUUAAUCAUAUUUAUUGAGACGACAAAACAGUAUAAAUAUAUCAUUUCAACAUUACUAAAAUACUUACACAAACUGGACAAUCAGGUAUCACAACAUGUUUUUCUUUUUUUCUUCCUAAAGAUUAUUAUUAAGUACAAUAAGGUAUAAAUGGAUCAUAUUUUGGUGGAUUACAUGGAAAACACACAUUGUUAAAUAGUCAGGUGGCAGCCCGUGUCUACCCUUAGUGUUUUCUUGUGGCCAAAACAUGACAAACAGCCCACACACAGAUUGACGGUAUACAAAGGUAUGAAGACAGACACAAUGAUCAGCAUAUUUAGUAUAUUCAAAUAAAGAAGAGUCUAAGUUUCUCCCCCACACACUAUCCCCCUGCCUAAAACUAUGAAUAUAUAUAUAUAAAAAAACCUGUAUACAGCGACAUAGGCGGUGCCUCGUUCAUUCCUAUAAGAGUUGCUCUGUGGCGCGUGAAGCUCAAAAUGGUGCGACUGUAGAUUUCAAAAAGGAUAUCCAAUCAUAUUUCUGAAGUACAGCCUCUGAUCUCGCUCUCUCGUAUCAUUUAACAAACCUUUAGACCCUAAUCAUUUAAAAUAAGGGCUGUAAAAGUGUUCUGGGAAGUUCAUUUAGCUAUCAAAUUAAUAUAUUGAUUAACAGUGGUCUCUUCACUGUGAAAGUCUUUUUGGGCCCAAA